UGAAAAUAUUUAAAAUAAAUAUAUUUAUACUAUUAUUAUCAAAGAAUAUAAAAAAUAUUUUGAAUUCAUGUACUAUAAAUACUUUUCAGUAGUGAUAAAUAAGCGGAAGUUAAGUGACUUAAAUAAAAAUAAGUGUGUGUUGUUGGAAUAAUUAUUCUAUUUUUUUAUACAUAUACAUAAUGCUCUUAAAAUCCGUCUGAAUGGACCUUACCAGCCGGGACAGUCGCGCGAUUUUUGUUUCAUAUACCUCGAUUGUUAAGUCGUUAGUAACGUAUCACGGAUAUCAUCGCCGCCGGUGUCGCGUGCAAGAGACUGGAGCAAGCAGAGCACGAAAUAAUGUAUUUGGAACUGGGAAAAUGGAGCAUUUGUCUACCAGCAGCGAAAUGGAGUAUCCGUCUACUAGCAGCGAAAUGAAGCGUCCGUCUAUCAGCAGUACCAGCAGCGAAAUGAAACCGUCUACUAACAGUGAUAACGUUAAGGAAUUGAAAAGAAAGGUCAAGAUACUAUGUAGAGGAACCUCGAAAAGAAAUGGCUAUUUAUACUCCUCCUUAUUUUUGUUAUAUUGUUUAUGUGUCAUAUUUGUCAUAUAUUUUCUUUAAUUUGAACAUAAAUUUUAUUGUAUAAAUUUUAUUCAUGUGAGAGUCUAUUUUUUAUCAUAAAAUAUAAUUUUAUUGAAUACUGGUAAGGUUUUCUGCAGUUUCCCUUACCUUCACAACAAAUGUUGGUAUUCGUGUUAUAAGUCGGCUGCAGACGCAAUAUAUUAAUAAAUUUUAUUAUUUUCAUUAA